ACCAGGCCCUGGGAGUGAGGGACACGGGACAGAGGGGUCUCUGCGACAAGGGGGAUGCCCCCAUACAGACAAACCCCAGCCCCAUAGCGGGAGGAGGAGGAAGAGGGAGCCAGUCCCGUCCCCCCAGGGCAAGGAGGGGUCCAUGUGCUCCGGGGCAGCCAGAGGGGUUCUGGGGAGGGGGGAAUCAGGGGGCUUAGGGGAGUGACAUUGGGGUACUUUGCGACACCCUGUGUCACCCAGCCCUGCUCCCACAGUGUCUGGGAGGACAGUGUUGGGACAGGAUGGGAGCAAGGAGCCCCGAGCACAGCCACCUCUGCCCCCACCGCCCCUGGGGUGGCAGGGGGUCCUCCUCACCCCUUUCCUCCCUCCCUCCUGCAGGAUGGCGGAGAGACCCCAGUGUCCCAGCCUUGAGCAAGGGCUCGUGGCAUCCCUGGGAGCUGGGCAGAGGGCUCGGGUUUUCCCCGCUGCCUGCCCCCCAGCCCUGCCUGCUCUCUCUUGGCCAGAUCUGUGCUGCUCCACCUUGGCUGUGCCCAGGGAGGAAGAUAAUACCCUGGACAUCGUUCGAGCCUUCCUCAGGAGCAGACCAAAGCAAGAGGCCCAGAAGCUGAGGUUUCUGGCCUCCAUCUGCACCGUCUGCAGCACCACCAGUGUGGACUCUACCGUGUGGGACAUGCUUUACUUCUGCCAGCUGGAGGUGGUGGAGACCAUCGAGGUGCUGCUGCAAGAGGAGCCCGCUGGCCACCAGGGCAUCAUGGUGCAGCAGCAAGCCAUGCUGGCCAUCACCUCCAUGAGCAGAGUGGGGCUGCUUCUGCAGGAGAAGAAGAGCAGCCUCCUCUAUGUCUGCUUCUGCAGCAUCUUCCACCUGCCUCCUCAGGAGGACACUCAGGGCCCUGAUGCUUCACUCUACUCCAAGACCCUGGCCACGAUGGACAGCAUGCUGCAGGUGCUGGUACGCAGCGCCGGCACCCUCGGCAUUGUGGAGCUGCAGAACAUCUUGGAGCUGCUGCUGCCCUUCACCAAUUCCCAGCUGGCAGCGGUGCAGGAGAGGGCCAUGGCACGGAUUGCCAGGCUGGCCAACUUCAUUACCACCUACUCCCUGCCGCAGGUCUGCCCCUGCUUUGCACAAGCCACAGUCCUCAGGCAUCAGUGCUCCAAGACACAUCAGUUUGUGAUGCUGGGGAAGCUGGUGGGGCACCUCACCCUCUGUUGCACCUGCAAGGACAAGGGGACCCGUCACGAGGCUGCAGAAGCUCUCCAUCACCUGCACACCUUUGUCCUGCAGCAGAGAAGCAGGUGGCCCUGGCUGCAUGACACAGGGCAGCUGCAGCUCCAGGAGGGCUGGCAAGCAACGCAGCCCUGGCAGCUUUUGCACACCAGCCACAUCGGCAAAAUCUUCUUGAUGUUCACAAAAUACCUCCAGCCCUCCGACCGGGCAGACGUCAUCCUCAUGGCUAUCAAGAGCUUGAGAGCCCCAAGCGCCUACAGCAUCAGCCUGGCUGCCCACAUGGUGGAUGUCCUUGUGGCGGACCAUGCCUUCCAGCCGGGGCAGGUGCUGAACAUCGUGUGGGCCAUCUACAGAAGCCUGCCCUCCGUCAGGGCGGUGGUAGCCCUCAAAAGCCUGGACAGGGCCCUGCUGGUGCUGACGGGCAAGCACCCCAGCGAGGUGGUGGCCAGCCUGCUGCAGUGCUCCCCGAUGUGCACCCAUGUUGCCGUGGCCAUGUGGAGGGCGAUGAUGUCUGAGCCCCAGGCUGCAGAGAAGGUGCUGAGGGAGCUACUCAGCAUGCUGAUGAACCAGUCACUGCGCAAGACCUCCACCUCCACCAAGGACAACCCGCGCAUCCUCUCCCUGGCUGCAGCCAGGACGAUAAGCGAGAUCCUCCUGCAGUCUGUCUGCCUGUGGCAGGUGGAGGCAAUUUUCCCCCAGCUUUUCCUGGCACUGCUUUUCCAAGUGUCGUUCACCACGGAGCUGACGCUGCAGGAGGUGCACAUCUUCUGGAAGGAGCACCAACAGGAUCUGCUCACUCCCAUCAGGUCUGCGGUGCAGUCCAUGAGAGUGCUGCUCUGCAGCAUGGGCUUUGAGAGCCAGGUACUGGCCAUCGAGGUGCAGGGUGGCUGGGACACCCUGCUCAGCUCCCAGACCCACCUCAUGGGAGUGCGCAUCAUCGCCAGGGAGAUGAUGAAGACCCCAAGUCCCCUGUGCUCCACCAUCUUCUGCCAUCUGGCAGAGCUCCUCAGUGCGGAGGACCCCACCUGGGAGAUGGUCGCCAUGGUCUUCUUCAUCGAGAUGCUGAACUGUACCAACCUCAGUGAAGAGCUGGACCGUGCCCUGGAAAUCUUCCCUGUGUAUCUACAGAGCCAGUGCCUGGGGAUGCCCAGCCUGGUGCUCAGGGCCAUCCUCAGGCUCACUGAGAGGCCCGACACAGAAAGGAAAGCCCUCAUCCUGCUGCCAUAUGUUAUGGAGCAGCUGCAGGGUGCUGACAGUGAUGCCAGCGCCGCGGCCCUGCCCGUGCUUGGCAACAUGCUCCAGCUGCUGGAGGGGAAGACGCUCAGCCUCACUGCCCUGGCACUGGCUGACAAGCUCCAGCCGCUUUUCGACGAUGAGCUGGACACCGUGCGGGAGCUCUCCAUCCGUCUCUUCCAAAUCGCAAUGGGGCUCGUGGUGGGUGCCGAAAAGAAGAAGAUGAAGAAGAAGGUGUGGGACAGCCUGCUGCCGCUGCUCUUUCACCUGCAUGAUCAGGACAAGAGCGUGGCCAAGGCCUCCCAGGAAGCCCUCCGCAGCGCUGGCCAGUUUCUGAAGUGGGGGCAGCUGGCGCAACUGGCCGAAACGGCACAGGCAUGGAGGAUCUGCGAGUGCCUGCUGGCCAGGAAGAGGAGCAGGGCCAAGGACUACCUGUGCCAGAGCCAGACCUACCUGCAGAGCCCACAGGAGCCCCUGCGGCAGGAGGCUGUCAGGUUCAUCGGACUCAUUGGACGGGAUGUGGAUGAGCACAAGAAGGUGCAGUACAUCAGAGAGAUCCUUCAAGGCACAAGCAAAGACACCAGCCCCCUGGUCUCCUCCCUGGCAACUCAGAUGGUCCUCAUCCUCGGACGAGGAAGGCUGAAGUCGAGGUUUAACUUACCACGGCUGAGCUUACAGAUGCCGAGAGCAUGGAUGAGGUCACACUCAGUCCCCAGCGAGGACUCUGCUCAGACAGAGACAAAGCAGGAGCCCCAGCCCUAGGAUGCUCUGCAGGCUGGGUUAUCUCCUCUUCCUGAGGUCUAACAGGAAAGAAGACACCUCAGCCAGAGGAGGACCCAGCACCCUCCAGAGAGCGGCAGGACAGCCACUCUUUCCAGUGGUCCAGGACAACGCCUGCCCACACGCUUCGUCUUUGCCACAAAGCACCAGCUGCUCUGCUGGGCUGUGAAACAGAGGGAAGGAGAAGGCCACGCCAGAGCCAAAGCCAAAGUUGAAACUGAAGCCUUCCCUCCCCUCUGCAGGGCCAUGCUGGGGUGAAUCACUUUUUCUGCCUCCCACCGUCCAAGGAUCCUGCGCUGCUUUGGGCCAACGUGGCCGAGCUUGGGAGCUACAAAGCCACCGAUGCUCUGACUCCAGCAGCAUCGUCCCCUCCA